CUCCAAUAACAGCCAUGUCUAGAUUAUGGGUCAGAUAGAAGAGCAUCGGCUGAGAUCUGGUUGAUUUCUGUGGAUCCGUCUCUGGAGAUCCGUGUCGGGAUCGGACUGGAAUCGUUCCGGACUGAGCCGGACUGAGCCGGACCGGAGGCUCCUCUGCGCCUUUUCCCCCCCGCUGAAAAACAGGAUGAGCUUCAUCAGCAGCCGCUGAGGCAGCUGAGGGCGCGUUGGUCGAGCAAAAACACCAGAAGGUGCUUCCACAGCCAGUCCGUCAAACCCCGCAGGACCAGGAGUCCCGCAGAGUCCAGCAGAGUCCAGAUGAUGUCAGGGAAGCAUUUCAAGGCUCAUGAAGUGAGCUGCUGCAUCAAGUAUUUCAUCUUCGGAUUCAACAUCAUAUUCUGGUUCCUCGGAGUGGCGUUCCUCGGCAUCGGGCUGUGGGCGUGGAGCGAGAAGGGCGUUCUCUCCAACAUCUCGUCCAUCACGGACCUCGGCGGCUUUGACCCCGUCUGGCUCUUCUUGGUGGUGGGCGGUGUGAUGUUCAUCCUCGGGUUCGCCGGCUGCAUCGGAGCGCUGCGAGAAAACUCUUUCCUGCUCAAAUUUUUCUCCGUCUUCCUGGGCAUCAUCUUCUUCCUGGAGCUGACCGCAGGAGUCCUGGCCUUCGUCUUCAAAGACUGGAUCAAGGACCAGCUCAACUUUUUCAUCAACAACAACAUCCGGGCCUACAGAGACGACAUCGACCUGCAGAACCUGAUCGACUUCACGCAGGAAUACUGGGAGUGUUGCGGGGCGUUCGGCGCCGACGACUGGAAUCUGAACAUCUACUUCAACUGCACCGACUCCAACCCGAGCCGUGAGAAAUGUGGCGUGCCCUUUUCCUGCUGCACCAAGGAUCCGGCGGAGGACGUCAUCAACACGCAGUGUGGCUACGACAUCCGAGCAAAGACGGACUCUGAGCAGCGGACCUUCAUCUACAUCAAAGGCUGCGUUCCUCAGUUUGAGAAGUGGCUCCAGGACAACCUGACCGUGGUGGCGGGCAUCUUCAUCGGGAUCGCAUUACUGCAGAUUUUCGGGAUCUGUUUGGCGCAGAAUCUCGUGAGCGACAUCGAAGCCGUGAGAGAGAGCUGCUUGUUCACCUAACACCCCCCCGGAGAGUCCAGAGGCAGGCCGGAUGUGCCGGGACUCCAGUUUGGGCGCCAGCGAUGAAGGGAAGCACAUUAAUCAGCUGAUGUGUCCAGAAGCAGGAGUCUCAUUCAUGUGUAAAUAGUAAAUUUAGAGUUAUUUUUAGACUUUUCUGUGGGCCUACUUUUGAAUGCAGCACAAACUCCAGACUGCGCUGUCAUUCUUUAUAGCUUCAGCAGCUUUGAUGGUAAAGUUCAGAUUUCUUCAGUUUGUGGAGUCCUGACAGGAAACAGGAAGGAGGAAGGUCGGCGUCAUCGCCGGCGGUGCUCCGUUCAGAAGGGAGGCCUCGGUUUUAUACGUCUCACAGCUGCAGUUUUAACUCGACAUGUAAGAGUUGUGUACAAAGAUAGAAGUGAUUCUGGGAAUGCACUGCAUGCCUAUUGUCUGUUGUCAGGACAUUGGCUCUCCUAAACGUAUUUCAUUUAUGUUCAGUAUUUUAAAAUAUCUGUAAAAUAGUGAGUAGCUCAGAGCGGAUCGGCUGGUUGGCACUUUGUUCAAUGUUUAGUGAAAUCUGCUAAAAGCUGCAGAGAACUUAGAUCAGGCAUACCCAAACUA